AUGGAGACCCUCAGUGCCGUGCUCGUUGGCGCUGGUUGCUUCGGGUGGCUCCAGUACAAGAGGCAGAAGAUGCAGCGCCUGGUUCUGCGCGAGGCUAACAAGGAUAUUGCCCUCGCGAAGAUCGAGAUUGAAGAGGUCGAAACGCCCAAACCCAAGAGUGGUCAGCUGCUGAUCAAGGUGCUCGCUGCUCCCGUGAACCCUUCGGACGACGGGGCGUGGAAGCUCCCCCUGGGCAUCGAGGGCUCUGGCCGGGUAGUGGCCACUGGCGGCGGUCUCUGGGCCUCGCAAUUUCUGGGCCUGGAGGCUUACCGGGGCGACACUGUGGCCUUCACCGGCAAGUCCUAUGCGCAGUACGCGGUUGUUGACGCAUUCGGGUUGGGGCCAUUCAUCCUGCCCAGCAACACUGCGGUGGAGGAUGCUUGCUCUUACUUCGUCAACCCUUUCACGGUGGUGUCCAUCGUGGAGGCUGUGAGGUCACGGAAAGGGAAAGCCUUCAUCCACACGGCUGCAGCCUCCCAACUGGGCCAGAUGAUGGUCAAGUACUGUCAGCAAGAGGGAAUGGUCUUGGUGAACGUGGUGAGGCGCAAGGAGCAAGUUGAGGUCCUCGAGAAGCUUGGGGCCAAGUACAUCGUGGACACCAGCGACCCCGAGUGGAAGCCCGCGCUCGGGAAGCUCGCAUCCGCAGGCAGCAUGUUGUUGGAUGGCUCCGGGAAGUUGAUUCACGAGCUGCAGAUCUCACAAGUCGUCGACUGCAUCGCUGGGAACUUCACUGGUGAGCUGCUGGCGAUGCUGCCUCCAGGGGGCACUGCAUGGGUGUAUGGCCGGCUCUCUGGAGAGAACUUGGGGUCCAUCAACCCCAUCCAGCUGAUCUACUUCAACAAGAAACUCGAGGGCUUCCUCGUGAACAACUGGAUCUUCAGGGAUGGCAUCAUCCGUGGCCUUCUACGGGGCCGCAAGCAGGCCGCCAUCGUCGGCCGGCAUUUCGAUGUCUUCGGGUCCCGUUUCAAGGACGUGUCGAUGUUGGACCUGCACCAGGCCUAUUGCAGCCAUCUCGCCGCCGGGGCGACCGGUGGGAAAGUCCGCUUGCGGCCGUGGAUGGAAAGCUGA